AUGGCUUCAAAUCUCACAAACUCAUGUCAGUGUAAAACAUCCCAGAAUGAUUUUGAAUUAGAAAAUACAGAAUUUAGACGAACCCAAGGAUCUGCUGUCCAGAAUGGAGAGAUCAUCUCUGAAUUCUCAAGCUCUCAGCUCAACUCACUUCCAGACAAUGGUAACUCAAAUGCAAGAAAGGAACUGCAGAGACUCCAUGGGAUUUUUCACUCAUGGUUGCAGCCGGAAAAGCAUAGUAAGGAUGAGAUUAUUUCUCGAUUGGUCCUGGAGCAGUUUAUAAUUAAUGGAAACUGCAGGGACAGAUCCAUUUUGAAAGAGAAAUGGGAAUCAAGUGGAAGAAACCUGGAGAAAUUAAUGGAAGACCUGACUGAUGAUUGCAUGGAACCACCAGUCUUAGUACGUGUUCACAUGCAAGGACAGGAAGCCCUUUUUUCUGAGAACAUGCCCUUAAAAGAAGUUAUUGUUCAUCUCAAAAAACAGCUAUCAGCAGAAAACACAACAGGAGAGAAUAAAGGGAUAUCCUUCCAGGCUCCUCAGGAUACUCCCCUGGAGACAAGACAAGGAAAUGAAGAUAAAGAAAAUGCAUGCAACAAUUUCUGGAAAAAUACUCAAGCAAAUGACAGUAUUAAUUGUCAAGGAACUCAAACACCUUCCCUACUCAUUAUCCAGGAAGAAAACUGUCUUAGGUUAGAAGAUGGAGGUGCUUCUUGUGAGAACCCACACAACUCCAGAAGGGUAGUCACAUCUAAUUCUGAGAAAGGGCCCCUGGAGGGACCUUCUUACCAAAAUGUCCCUGUGGAGGAGCAACCAGAGUUUCUCCCCACCUCAAACCAAUCCUCCUCCCAGUUUGUCCCUGCCCACCAGAGCAAUAAGGGAAACUCUACAUGUGAGGGACACCAUGAAAAAUACCGUGGAGCUCAAAAGUCAUACAAAUGUAAGGAAUGUCCCAAGAUUUUUAGGUAUCUCUGUCACUUUUUAGCCCACCAGAGAAGACACAGAAAUGAGAGGCCAUUUGUUUGUGCUGAGUGUCAAAAAGGCUUCUUCCAGGUGUCAGACCUACAUGUGCAUCAGAUGAUUCACACAAAGGAGAAGCCUUUCAAAUGCAGCAUAUGUGAAAGAUCCUUCAGCCACAAAACCAACUUGAGGGCCCAUGAGAGAAUUCACACAGGAGAAAAGCCCUAUACGUGCUCCCUGUGCCAGAGAAGCUACCGCCAAUCGUCUACAUACCACCGUCACCUGAGGAUUCACCAGAAAAUCAGACUCAAAAGUGUCUCUUCCACACCAAAAGCUUCCUCAACUACUGCCCCUAUGUAA